AUGUGUGGCGGCUCACGGAUUCUACGUGUGGGAGGUAGUGGAGGGUGUGAGUGCGAGGCGCAUUGUUGUGGCGGAGAAAGAACCAGAGUCCCGAGCCGGCCUGAGCCGGUGGUGGCGCAGAGGCCGCCGCCUGAGACCGAGACUGAUUCGCCCCCAGCUCUGACGGUUAUUUACGCGUUCUGCCACAGCUUCCAGUUUCGAUCGAUUAAGCCCUAA